AUGGCCAGGAUUUGCUGUGCCCUGCUGCUCUCGCUGCUGCUGCUCCUGCACAGCCCGGCCGCCUGCGGGGCCCCGCCGCAGCCCCGCGGCACCCUGUGCAGGACCAAGCCCACGGACCUGGUGUUCAUCAUCGACAGCUCUCGCAGCGUGCGGCCGCACGAGUUCGAGAAGAUCAAGGUGUUCGUGUCGCGCGUGAUCGAGGCGCUGGACGUGGGCCCCAACGCCACCCGCGUGGGCAUCAUCAACUAUGCCAGCGCCGUGCGCAGCGAGCUGGCCCUGCAGGGCCCCCAGAGCAAGGCGGCGCUGCUGCAGGCCGUGCGCAGGAUCCAGCCCCUCUCCACGGGCACCAUGACCGGCCUGGCCAUCCAGUUUGCCGUCAGCCGCGCCUUCAGCGCCGCCGAGGGCGCCAGGGGCGGCGCGCCCGACUUCAAAAAGGUGGCCAUCGUGGUGACGGACGGGCGGCCCCAGGACGGGGUGCAGGACGUGUCCGCCCGGGCCAGGGCCGCGGGCAUCGAGAUCUUCGCCAUCGGCGUGGGCAGGGUGGACAUGGGCACGCUGAGGCAGAUGGCCAGCGAGCCCCUGGACGAGCACGUGGACUACGUGGAGAGCUACAGUGUCAUUGAGAAACUGACCCACAAGUUCCAGGAGGCUUUCUGUGUGGUGUCUGACCUGUGUGCCACGGGGGACCACGACUGUGAGCAGGUGUGUGUCAGCACCCCAGGGGCCUACAGGUGUGCCUGCAGGGACGGCUUCAGCCUCAACAGCGACGGCAAGACCUGCACUGCUUGCAAUGGUGGCUUGGGGUCUGCUCUGGAUCUUGUGUUCCUUAUCGAUGGCUCCAAGAGUGUGAGGCCUGAGAACUUUGAGCUGGUGAAGAAAUUCAUCAACCAGAUCGUGGAUUCUCUGGAGGUGUCGGACAAGCAGGCGCAGGUGGGGCUGGUGCAGUACUCCAGCUCCGUCCGGCAGGAGUUCCCCCUGGGCCAGUUCAAGAGCAAGAAGGACAUCAAGGCAGCAGUGAAGAAAAUGUCCUACAUGGAGAAGGGCACCAUGACAGGCCAGGCUCUCAAGUACCUCGUUGACAGCUCCUUCUCCGUCAUCAACGGAGCCCGGCCCGGCGUCCCCAAGGUGGGGAUUGUCUUCACUGAUGGGCGCUCACAGGAUUAUAUCUCAGAUGCUGCCAAGAAAGCCAAGGACUCAGGAUUUCGGAUGUUUGCCGUGGGAGUGGGCAACGCUGUGGAGGAUGAGCUGAGGGAGAUCGCCUCAGAACCUGUGGCUGAGCAUUAUUUCUACACUGCUGACUUCAGGACCAUCAGCAAGAUCGGGAAGAAGCUGCAGAUGAAGAUCUGUGUUGAGGAAGAUCCGUGUGAGUGCAAAUCCAUCAUGAAGUUCCAGACCAAAGUAGAAGAGCUCAUCAACUCCUUGCAGCAGAAACUGGAAGCUGUGGCCAAAAGAAUCGAAGCCCUGGAGAACAAGAUCAUCUAAAACCCCACUCCAGCAGUUUUUCACCUCCUUCCCAAAGUAACAGAACCAGAACUGCUCCAUUUUUCAGGGAGGGCAGCUCAGCCCCAGGGCUCUGGGCAGCUUUUAUUAAGGUCUAGGCUACCUGCAUUUGUUUAAAAGGAAGAAUUAUUACAGUAGAGCAGACUUUGUAUAAAGGGCAGAGCACAGGGUGUGACUGAGAGUUAGACCAGGCUCGAGUUUGCUGCAUCCUAUAGAGUGCAUAUAUUCAAAGAAAAAAAAACCUUGAAAGAUUUUUUAUUUAAAGCUUAAUAUAUAUACAGUGUGUUACCGA